AUGUUAUUCUCAACCGUCUUCAGCCCAUCCUCGCUGCUCCUGGGCCUCCAGCUUCUUUCAGGAGUCAUGGCAGGCCCCUCCAAGGAGUCUGAAAUCUCAGUUCAUGCUCGCAGCGUUGACGCCGAUACAAGCUCAGUCUUUGCAAGAGAUCUGAACGCGGAUCAAUUGGGAGCCCUCGCCAGGCAGAACGUGAGACGCAAGCAGCUCGGUAUCCAACCACUGAUCUGGGAUACUGAGCUUGAGGCUGCAGCUCAGGCGUAUGCACAGACCCUAGCUGACACGAAGGCUCGGUAUAUUAUUUCGAAUCCCGCUACUCGACCGGGUCAAGGUGAAAACACCAGAUGGCUCUGGAUCCGGCCUGAUGAAAAGGAGAAUGCUCCCCUUACAAGAGCUGCUAAUGACUGGAUGCAUGGUCUCUUUAAUUACAAAAACUAUGGCGGUAAGAACCGUUACGAUAUGCGGUAUCCAUCAGACGGAGCGGAUUACUACAAUACUAAGACUGGUUGGACUUAUAUCUACGUUGUUGCUCGCUACUCUGUUCGAGGCAAUAUUUAUGGUCAAUACAUCUACUAA